UUUUUGUUCAUCAUAUACAGGCCGCAAGAAACAAACUGUUCAUUAUUUCUACUGCGCAAAAUUUGAGGUUUGAAACUUUGAGGGCGCUUAUCUUAAAGGUUACCCAACAUAUGGGUCGCAAGAAAGGUCAGAAGUACGACCACCAGUCGAAGAGUUCCAACGUGCAACAAUAUUCUGAAAAACUAGCUGCAAAUGGCAACACAAGUGAAUCGGCGCCCGACGUUAAAUUAUCUGAGUCACCUGAUCAAGAUGCUGGUGCUAGUAGUGUGGAGACUAUCGAUGUUUUAGGGAAUGGUCUCGUCAUUAAAAAGACUUUGAAAAAAGGUCUCGGUGGGGAAACUCGUCCCAGUCAUGGUGAUUCUGUCGUUGUAAAUUACAAAUGUUGGUUGGAAGAUGGAACGCUUGUUGACGACGCCGAAAAUGUGAAAAUGGUCCUAGGUGAUGGCGAUAUAAUACAUGCAUUUGACCUCUCUAUUCCACUGGCUGAGCACAAAGAGAUAUUCGAACUGACAACUGACUCUCGGUUCGCUUAUGGAUCUCGUGGACGGGAUCCUGAUAUACCAUCAGGGGCAAAGUUAACUUAUCGCAUCGAAGUUUUAAAAGUUGAUGACCCUCCUUGUUAUGCCAGUAUGUCGAAUUCGGAAAGACUUGCUGUUGCUAAUCAGAAGAAAGAUAGAGGCAACUAUUACUACAGGAGAGAAGAAUUUGCGUUCGCUAUCGAUAGUUAUAACAAAGCAUUGAAAAUUUUACAAUUGCCUCCUGUGCCUCCUACCCGAUCCUCAGAAAAGAAACUUCCGGAAACCGACUGUCCGGCUGAGCUUAUUAAUGAUGCAAAGUUGAAAUUAGAAAAUAAUCUUGCAGCUGCCCAGUUAAAGGUAGAAGCAUACGAUGCCGCUAUCAUGUCUUGUGAUGCUGUUUUGCAAAGCGAUCCACAAAAUAUUAAGGCCUUAUUCAGGAAAGGAAAGGCUCUUUUGGAAAUGAAAGAAGUAGAUGAUGCUAUCCCGAUUCUCCAGAAAGUACUAACAAUAUCUCCAGGUUCACAAAUGGCUAGUGUUGAGUUAGCUCGUGCUCAAGCUAUACGCCAGAAAGAACGAGAACAUUGGUCACGGUCUAUUAAUCGUAGGUUCCCGAAAACUAAGCAAAAUAAGAAUACAAAACUAUCUGCUGCCUCCAGAGUUAAGCUGGUGAUGACUUCUCGUCCUGUAAUUGUAACAAGUAUCAUGGCGAUUCUCUCUGUUCUUGUUGGGUUUGUUGCAUACAUUUAUCAACCUGCCAUUAUGAACAUCAAUAUAUAGAAAUUAUCUAAUUAUUUCUAUCUUAUUCCAUCUUUACAUUAUUGAGGCGAGGUAUACUAUAACCAGAAGAAAUGUAAAAUCCAUUAGUUAUCAUUUGUAAAUAAAUAAUACCGAAACAAGUUGUAUUUAACUUGAAGUUAGUUUAAAUGAACACACACCAUUUCGCCUUACACGUUCAUAUUUGUUUUUUUUUCUUUAAAUUUUAUUUAAUGAUGAAUGGAUAGUGUUCAUUGUAUCUUGCUGACUGACCAAUUUUUAGAGUUCAACUUUUUCUUUUCUAACUUUGAUGGUAAUAUUAAUAGUUUUUUUUAGGUUAGAAGGGAACUUUAUUUCAUUUAAUAUUUAUUGCAAACUAAAAUAUACUUAUAUAUACGUAUAACAUGUAAUAGAUUGUUUUAAAAAUGGCAUACUGAUUCAUUUAAAAGCUUUCCUCAUAAACAUUACUACAAAUGUACAUUAUCAUUGUAUUAUUAUUAUUAUUACUUUAUAGGGAUCUUUAUCAUUCUAUCUAUGUAACUUGUGUUUUUCUAACAAAUCCUCGUAAUUUUUUUUGCUUCAGUUGUUAAUUAAUUUUUUAAAGUAUCUAGUUUGUAAUUAGUAGUUAGUUUUACUUUGUGAAUUGAACACUUCUAAAUGAUGUUUUGUUAACUUCCAAGUUAGUUUUAUGGUAUUUCAUACGCAACAAUAUCAUUCAACUCAACAAUCAAGUAACGAUUCUUAUACUAGAUCAUAAAAAUUGUAUAAGGAGUGGAGAUAUAAUUUGAUCGUCUUAGUUGUCAAUUAAGUGAAGUGUUAAUUAUACUGGAGGUACUAAAGAUAGAAGUCACUGAACUGUGAUUGAACAGGUGGUUAAUUUAUUGAUUGAUGUUCUUCGUGUUUGAAGGUAAUAAUACCAUUCAGGGCAGUAGCGUAUAAGAAGAAUUAAGUGUGCUCCUUUUUCUGUAAAAAUUUUGAUUCCAUUUGCUUUCAUAGUCUUGCGUUUUAGUUAGGUUGUCGAUUUUUUUUGUGCUUCAAAAACCUGUUACAGCGUAAAUGUAUGCACUCGAUUUGAUCGAGCACCAUUUUUCGUUCGUAAUGAUUUUGAGGUAAAUUAAUCUGAAAGUUAACAUGUGUUCUGACCUUCUUUUACUUGUGUAUAAUUUGGAUCUAUCCGAAGAUAAACUCCAAUUUCCCUGACUUUCUGUUUAU